AUGCCUCGCUGCUCAUUCUGCUGCACUUUUACAAUUGAUCAGGAUCGGUUCUAUCUCGAGUUUCACCCAAGCCUCGCCUCACUUAAGCAAAGUGCUGAAGAUGGCUGCGACUUUUGCCAUCUUUGCUGGACAGGCUUCCAACUGGAAUGGGCAUCUUCUGAGAUUGAAUCUGUUCUCAAGGGCGAAGUUCCAGAAGGAGUUACUAAGUUUGAGCCGGGUAUCUGGAUUUAUGUCCAUUUUACAGACUACAGUCCUACUCUAACUCAGCCUCGCAUCAUUGUAUCGUGCGGGAGAUAUAACCCCAUCACUUCUGUGAAGGAGAGCAGCCAUGGACUUGGUUACAUAAACCUAGCUGUCUACGGGAAAGAAGGAUCAGCGGCAGGUUCGCGAACACCUGGACGGAUCUGCACAGCGGAAUAUGAGCCAAACUCCUACCUCACCUUAAUCCGAGGUUUUCUCAAUAGAUGUACAAAGUCCCAUCAGGCGUGUGGUGCUGAGAAGACCUACGACAUGCCCACCAGGGUCAUCGAUGUUGGCAACGCUGCUCAAAAGGAGCCUCCACGACUUGUCGUAACUGACCAGAGCAUGAAGGAGAAAUAUCUUGCCUUGUCUUAUUGCUGGGGGCCUGGCACAGAUACCUUCACCCUCAAUCACAAGACGAUGAAAGAUAUGCUGAAAGACAUCGACGAGUCUCGCCUCGUAGCUGCACAUCGCGAUACAAUAGCAUUAGCCCGCCAGUUGGGCAUCCGAUACAUCUGGAUCGACGCUCUAUGCAUAAUACAAGGCGACAAAGAGGACUGGGAACGCGAGUCAAAGCUCAUGGCCAAAGUAUACGGCUACGCAACCCUUACCAUCACAGCAGGGAGAUCAGGCGAUGCUCGUAACUCCUUCAUCGCCAAUACUUACAAACAAUAUGCUCCCUGUUGCGAAUUUCCUCUUGGCGAUGGCCUAGGUGGAAAUGUUCUUGUUGGGCCAUUGAGAUCCGCUGACUAUGGUGUCACUGAGACUCGUGGUUGGUGUUGUCAGGAGAAGAGGCUGAGCCGUCGGGUGGUGUUCUUCGGCAAAGAGCAGCUUUUUUUCCUAUGUCGAACCUCCGGUUACUCGGAAGAUCGUAGCUAUCAGGAAGGUAAAUCUGUCUUGCUACACAGCUUUCUGACUGGUAACGCGAGUCCGCAAUUGACGCGGGAUCGACUGCUACAGUAUUGGGACGAGAUUGUCGUCGAUUUCUCCAGACGCCAACUAUCGAAUCCUCAUGAUAUCUUCGCUGCCCUUGCCUCCAUCGCCGAGCCUAUCUCCAAAGCUCUACAGUCACGCUACCUAGCCGGUCUCUGGGAGUGUGAUCUCGUUCGGUGUUUACUUUGGAGGCCUGGGUAUAGAGUGAGCAGCUUCUUUGGACCAGCGACGAGGCCUUUACCUACUUCUUUUGCACCCGCCCCCGUGAUUAGAGCGCCUUCGUGGUCUUGGGCUUCCAUUCAAGGUGGCGUCAAACCUCUCGCCCUCCAGCAAUUUCGGAGGAUGACGACGGAGAGUCAAAAUGGAAGACCGCUGAUAAGGCCGAAGCAAGGCCGUUGGACGGUAGAUCAUCACUGUGGAGCUGACGCGCUACACAUGCCGUCUUGCGAGCUGCAACUUUUGGGGUGUGUUCAAGAAGCAAUUAUCCUGACGAGAACACCGUCAAGUGAGUUCAUUGCUUCCCUGCGAAAACAAAAGAGGCCAGCGGGUACUAUGCGUCGGCCAGUUGUGCUUGGAAGUAAAGAGAUGAAGGAAGGAAUGCUGAAUAAAGAUAUGUCAAUGUUUGUGGCGCUAGGAAUUUUCGACUUUGAUGAAGAGGGUAUUGAAGACCUCUGGUGUUUGCAGCUUACACUUGAGGAGGGGCUUAUGCUCUGCAAGAACGAUGAUGGGGUUUUUCAGCGAAUAGGAGUUUUUCAGGUAUGUAAAAUGGAGUGGUUCGAAAGUGUAGGGGAGUCAGAAGUCAGGUUAGUGUAA